AUGAUACGAUUCGCGCAAGUUUGCCUAUUUGGUUCUCAAUUGGCGCAUCUAUUCGUCAAUUCGUCGAUCUUUAUUUAUGGUGUUCUGAUGCUUCUCAUUUUUCCUACAAUUUUGUUGACCUGUGGAGGCAAAAAGAAGGAGUUUGACGAGAAUGUGGAAGAGGAUGAAAAGACGGAGAAACCGAGCAUUUCGUUGCACACCGCCGAAUCAUCCACCGGAAUGCGUGAAUGUGAAACUACGUCUUCAUCACCGAUUACAACAAAGCAAAUCGCCGAAAUGAAAGCGAGAAGAGGCGAAACGAUCUUUUUCUGUCCAACUCCAAACGCGAUGAGACAAAUUCACAAAGCCUCUCGCCGCAUGCCGAUCAACAAGACGAUGAGCAUGAACGAUGUGGAAAGAAAUGGAUGGAAAAAUGGGAUAACGGAAAUGAAUGCGAGAAGAAUUCUUGAGAAAAGACGACCGAUUGAACAGAUGAAUGCAUUGAGCGACAAAAAGGAAAGCAAGAAAGGGGAAUUGCUUUUGAGUAAGCUCACCGCCAGUCAACUCAACGCGAAUUGGAUCGUU